AUGCAACUCACCACCCUCCUCACCCUUGCCACCUCGGCCACCCUGGCAUCAGCCGGCUGCUUCACCGGCGGCGCCGUCUGGGGCGAAGACCUCUACAACGCCAACACCCUCAUGUACUUUGCUGUCUGCGGCAGUGACGGCACCGGUACCCACAGCUACAAUGCUGGAGAGACGAGAAGGUGGUGCUAUCAUCUCACGGACAACAAAAGGGUAGACUUUAGCAUCAGAAACAUGCAGUCGAUCAGGGACACAUUGUCGACUGCCAACUGCGAGCUGCUCCGGAACGAGAUUGCUGGGUGUCAGCAUGGUGGGAGGAGGGCGUAUACCAAGUUUGAGUUUACGGCGGAUCCGAAUGAUGGGAGAUGCGCGAAUCUGAGUUACCUCCCACCGGACUGGCCUUAUCGGUGGUGGUGA